AUACCCGGCAUGGCAUGGCACUGCCCGUAGCUGUAGUGCCUGUCCACAAUGGUUGCCGAAAAUAUGACAAGAUGACUGUAAAUAACGUAUUAUUGUUCUAUGUAACCUUAAUCGCGCCGAUUUCUAUCGUUUUAUUUUUGUACGGUUUCUUUCCGAUCGCUCAUCAUGGCGACGCGGUUGCCUCGCGAUCAGAUAUUCCAAAUUACAUCGGCAACGUGAGCAUAAAGAAACAUGCGCUGUAUAGACCGAUGAUAACAAGAUUGAUAAUCAUGGUGAUCGACGCGCUACGAUGGGACUUUGUAGCGGGUCCAACACGAAAUGUCACUAUGCCAAUGACGAGUAAGCUCCUGACAAACUCUUCUGGGUGUUUGUUACAAGUCAAAUUGCAAUCGCCGACAGUGACAAUGCCUAGAAUAAAAGCAAUGAUGACUGGUACAGUACCAAAUUUUGUAGAUAUAGUACUGAACUUUGGGAGUAAACCUCUGCACAAUGACAAUUUAUUGCUUCAAGCAAAGAAGUAUGGGCACAAAUUGGUAUUUUACGGAGAUGACACUUGGCUCUCUCUGUUUCCCCAUAUAUUCGAGCGCCAUGACGGCACUACUUCGUUUUUUGUUACAGACUUUACAGAGGUGGAUAAUAAUGUAACUCGACACUUACGACACGAGUUGAAUAACAAUGAUUGGACUGUGAUGAUUCUCCAUUACCUUGGACUCGAUCACAUUGGUCAUGUUGAAGGUCCGUUUGGUGCGUCGAUUAAACCCAAAUUACAAGAAAUGGAUAAAAUUAUCAAUAAGAUAGCUCAAAGAGUGCAGUAUUGGAACACCGACGGGAUACCCGCGCUCUUCAUCAUCUGUGGCGAUCAUGGGAUGAAAGACUCGGGCGGUCACGGCGGGUCGACACCGCAGGAAACAACGGUGCCGUUUAUCGCGAUAGGAGGAACUCGCUGUUCUCAUCGGGAAAACGGUGAACCGGUUAAAAUCGAGCAACUUGACAUAGCAGCAACGCUGUCGACUGCCUUUGCAUUACCUAUUCCUUGCGCAAACCUCGGCUCCUCGUUCUUGGACAGCAUUUACGAUCUGGACGAUAGUAAACGACUAUUUCUUCUCCAUUACAAUUCGAGGCAGGUGCUCGAUCAUUUCCGGAAGCUCGUCUAUCGAGAAUCACAAAUUGAAUAUGUGAACCGGAAGUAUUUGGAUGUUGUGAAUUUGCAUGCUGCUUGGUUGAAGACGAAUGAAAGAUCAAGCAGGAUGGUCGGGAUGAUUGUCUCGUCUUACAACGUGAUUCUUACAGAAAUGAAGGAUGCCCUAAUCAGCAGCAUAGUCGAGUACGACUUUCGUCCGAUGGCUCUUGCCAUGCUCUUUCUGUGUCAGAUACUCGUAAUUUUGUUUUUUGCACGAAAAGUAGCUUGGACUAUGCAUUUCUUGAAAAAAUCCUUCUUGAUAUGUUUUUUCUCGUGUCUGGGGAUAUAUUAUUUUUCCAAUUCUGAAAGCGUGACGUUGCUUCAUCUGACGAGUAUAUUCAAUGCUCUAUUGUUCCUACUCCUCGUCAGCAUCUUAUACAUAAACUGUGUUCUUUGCGUAAACAGCGAAUUAUCUCUCAUAAAGUUCACAAAGAAGCCAAGGAUAUGUGGAGUGUUCGAAAUCGGCGCGUUAUUGCAUAUAGCGAGCCUUGCAGGCAGCAGCUUCAUCGAGGAGGAGCAUCAGACGUGGUAUUUCUUCUGGUCCACUACGGUCUCAUAUUUCCUCUAUCGUUGCUUCACGAGGUUGUUCGCGUAUGAACGAUACGAUCUUACGAGCGAUCUAAGGGUGCGAACCGGGGUGGAUCGACGUUACGGGAAUUCUAGGCAUCCGCGCCACUUAGAACUUUGCGCUAAGCUAUUAUUGCUACUGAUAGGGCAUAGAGUUCUGCGAAAGCUAAACAGCACCGGUGACAAAUGGGCGCACCUACCCGACUUAGCUUGCUGGUUGAAGGAGGACAACAGCAAAAUCGGGAUGACGCUCCUGCUUCUAGCUGCGCUCGUUCUUCUGAUCUGGAUCGCGUAUGUAUGCGAAGACAAGGAAUACAGAUGGCAAUCGUUGAUAUUUAAUACGGCCGUUGCGGCAUGUAUAUAUCUUCGUCAUAUGGCCAACAAUGCCGUUCUGAGAAUUCCAUUAUAUUUCUCGUCUAGUGGAAUAUAUGAAGUACAGAUGUUUUGGGGAAUAAUAAUGCUGUUCCUUCUAAGCUAUGGCUAUCGAGUGACAUUAAUAAUUAGACGCGACAAGCAACGUUUCGCGAGUACAAUGCUAUUUUUUAUCAUCAAUUUCUGGGUGAUGAUUUCGGCGAUGCUGCACCAACCAUACAACGUGAUCUUGUUGCCGCUACAGAUCGUUGCGAGCUCGACGAUUGACACUGCAUUGAAAGAAAACAAUUUGACGCUCGAUCUCGGCGUCUUUGUGCACUGCUGGCUCGGCAACGUAUUUUAUUUCUAUCAGGGAAAUUCCAAUAGCCUCGCGAGUAUAAACAUCACAGCGGGAUACGUCGGCUUACGUUCCUAUAUGCCUCUUAUUACCGGCGUAUAUUUAAUCAUCAACACUUAUUCCGCUCCCGUCCUGGCUUAUUUCCUGCUCGUUUACCGUCGACAGUCAAGCGAGACACAUUGCACGGAUAUCAUUGCGCGUACGAGCAGUACUUUCAUCGCGUGGAGAUUACUAACAAUGACCGUUUACAUGAUCAUCGUCGUUGGCCAGCGUCAUCAUCUCUUCAUAUGGUCGGUGUUUUCACCGAAAUUGUUGUACGAAGCGACGUAUUCCGCGAUGAUAUGCUGUAGCGUGCUAUUGGCAUUGAUUGUGAUUACACUGCAAACUGUAAUAAUUCCUAGUUACAUAUCAUACAAGAAUUAAACCAGCAGAAAUCAAAUAUA